AACUUAAAGAAGCUUACUAAGCUAGAAGAGAAGGUAAUAGUUAAUUAUAUAUUUAAUCUUAAUUUACGUAGAUUCACGCCUAUGUACGCUACUAUACGCGAUAUAGCUAAUAAGCUACUAGCUUCGCGCGGCGCUACUCUAUAUAAAGAUAUAGUUAAGCUUAUAAAGCAGAAAAACGCUAAGUAUAGUAUUUAUAAUAAGGACGUUUAUAACUUUAAUAAAGCUAGCUUUAUUAUAGGUAGAAUUACUACUUAG